GAUUUCCCCGCCUUUUCACGGCGCGUAGAGCAUUGCGCAAACUAACGCAAUGUACACAGCGUCUUGGGUGUUUUGAUAAAAUGUACUUGAUUUUUUGCGAUUAAACAUAUUCUUACUUGAUUUUACGGACCAUGUAACUUGUAAUUGUUAUAAUAACUCGGCAUUAUAGCAAUGUUGCUUCCGUCUGAUAUAGCGCGGCUCGUUUUAGGUUACCUGCAACAAGAGGGGCUGUGUUCUACAAGCCAGGCAUUCAUUUUUGAGAGCCCUAAUUUGAAGGAAUACGCAGAACACAGCUCAGAUGAUGGAACUAUUCCUGCCUGUGUAUUUUCUCUCUUUGGUAAAAACCUGACCACCAUUUUGAAUGAGUAUGUUGCUGUCAAAGCUAAAGAGACUUGUGAAGAGACUCAGAUUCCUGCCAUGAUGACAUCAUUGUGGAAAAAACUUGAUUUCACACUCAAUCAAAUCAAGUCUAUGCAGAAUUCCCCCGCUGUUAUCCAGAAUCAAAGACUCCGCACACGUAAUGGGAUUGUUAACAUGAGGGGGCGACAGAGAGUCUUGUCAUCAGUGUCAUCCCCCAGCCCUGGGUGUCUGCCAUUAUCAGCCCCUCUGCCAGACCAGGGCAGUACCAGCCAAUUUCACACCCCUCAGAUGAUCCUGGGACGAACUACCCAAGUAUGCUACACCUCCCCGCAGACCAGACCCUCCCCCAUCUGCAGCACACCGACCCAGAUCCAAGAUGGAGAACCUCUGCUCAUCAAUGUUAACCGAGAGACACCUUUGCAAAUAAUGGUUCCAGAAAACCGGUUAACCCAAGGCCCAUUGUCCCCUGGGCGUCGGAAAUGUGACUCCCCCAGGAGGAGAGGUGGGGGUUCUGGUGGAUCCAGUGGGACUGGAAGAGCCAACAUGGCCGCCUGUCACCUGACAUCAGAGCCCCAGAAUGAAGAGGUAGUCACAGAAAACUUCCCUCAAAUGGUGAUACAAAACGCAAGGGAGAGAAUUUUAAAUGACAAGUCCUUGCAAGAAAAGCUUGCUGAAAACAUCAACAAAAUCUUGGCAAGUGAUGGCAGUCCCCAGGCAUCAAAGGCAUCAUGCAGUACCGUGGAGCCUGACCAGUCUAUUGAUGAAAUUCUUGGCCUGCAGGGAGAGAUCCAUAUGUCUAAUGAUGCUAUACAAGACAUAUUGGAGCAGACUGAGUCCGACCCAGCCUUCCAGGCACUAUUCGACCUCUUUGAUUACGGUAAAAGCAAAACCAUUGAGGAUAAUGAACAAGGAGUGGUGAUCUUGAGAAAUAGUACCACAGAGAGUGAGGUGACUGGGGCCGGAUUUAUAGACAGUCCUGAUACAGGAGACGCAGGCACUGGGCCAGAACAUUCAACAUGUACACCAGAAACAACAACUAGAGCUGCAAAGUCCAGUCAAGAGCCCAAGAGUAAGAAAACAAGGAAAUCUGCACCUCCUGUUUCAAGUACUUCAAAGGCUACUACUGGGAUUAGUACUAGAGGAUCGAGAAGGGGAGCUAGCACAACUCAACUAUCCGCUUCAAAUGAUAAACCUGCCAGUGUGGCUUCUUCUGCAGCAAAGGUCUCCCAGAGACCUGACGACGCAUCCAACUUUAUUCAGGACGGGUCUGGCAUGGAUCUAGAUGAGCCUUUGAAUUCUCCUCCCCAUGACACCAUGUCUUCCAAUGAUGUAUUUGAAUGCCACGAGAGUACUCCAACCUCUACAGGACUCACUAGAACAAAUGUUCAGAUGUCCGAGGUCAACACCAGUUCAUCUAAUAACAGAACCGUCUCUGCUGAGAGAAAACAGCUAGAGAACAACAAUGCACUGACGGCAAGUAAUGGGAUAGUUCUGGAUAACCAAGAUGCACUUCUUAACUCUCCGCCUGCCCUCGUCAUAUCCAUCCCAAUGCUGGAUGAGUCAAGCAAGGUUCCCGCAAACGUCUCCAACGUGCCUUGUAGUAUUGUGACCCCUCCCCGCAGUGGAAGGAUCUCACAGACUCAACCACAGGCCUUGCCUUCCAUGGCUGUCCCCGCCGCUGUUCCAACCACAGCCCCUUCGGCUCUGCCCACCUUAGUUCACAACCCUACAGGCAAGGAUGUGGACCCGAGUAAGAUCGUGGCACUGAAAAUCAUAAUCAGUGAUGAGCAGGAGGAACGCUGCAGUGAAUCAGCCCUGAAUCAGGCUGUUUCCAGUAUCACUGGAGACCCGAUCCCUACCAUCUUUCUGUCUUCCCCCGCCAAGUCACCUGCUAAAGCCCAGAGCCUUAGUGCCUCCAUGGCUCCGGAGGAGACUGUGCAGGCGGUGAGCAGCUUACAGAGGACAGAGGUCCUCCAACCGGUGGAGACCAAUCCUCUCAGGGGGAAAGCAGGUCCAGUGGCAGCACUGACCGGCACAUCAUCUGCAUGGACACAGCCUACUACAGGCUACUACAUCCAGCUGCCCUUUGAUUCAGCCACAUCCACUUAUGGAAGCGCUACCAACAGCUACUUCUUAGUGACUGACACGACAGCCACAGACCCUAAUUCCAACAAGGUGAUGUUACCCAGUGGUGCCCCACAGGGACCGGCUGUACCCGUCACGUCUUAUGCUCUGGCCACCCCGCCGCGCUAUUCUCCCGGAUCGAGGCUCAUCGUACCUUCACAAGUUCAGUCCAUGCUGCAAAACGUGGUGGUCCCUGUAUCUGUGGUUGGGCAGAACAAUGCAGGACAAUUCUCUGUGGUUUCUAAUCAGUUAUUAGCCAUGCCUAGCCCUGCUUCAGCACAGCAACCAGCAGCAGUGAAAGCCAAACCUAAACUGGCUCCGAAGGACAACACAGUCUCAUGCCAAACGCGAGCUCCUGGAUUGAAUGAGAUGACAAAGCAGGUCCACCCACCAUCAUGUGAAAGCACAGAGCAGCAGAAUGCAGUAGUUGGCUCUAGCCCAAGCCACCGGAGGAUGCUUUGCUUUGAUGGUUCUGCUGGUGAAACAUCCACCCCGACCAGAACAGCCUCCUCUUUCAAGGCUCCAGCAGCUGCCACUCAUGUAGUACCUUCUGUCCAACAGGCUGAGAAAGAGAGUCCUAAAUUGGCCCCUGCAAAGCCAAAUGUCUUAGGGAGCAGCAGGCCGAAAAGGAGGAUCGAGACUGUAAGAUGUAUGGACAACACUCAAACAACAUGGACUGGAACAGAGACUGAGAAAUCCUCUGCUGUCCGAAAGCAGAAGGAAGCUGUGAAAAAUACCCUAUCAAAGAGAGAUGGCGAUCAAAGUCCUAGUCAAACUAGUAGGUCUGAAAGUUCAGGUAGCCAAAAGACUGAUGUCUCACAGUUAGAGUCCUCUAACAGUUCACAAGUGAGGACACCGCAAUCAGCAGAAAAGAAAGAUGAUGGUGGAAAAGAACUUGGGAAUGCGCAGAGCUCCAGAACUACUUCCUCUGAUCACAGACUGAGAUCUGGGAGCAGGAAGGAGAAAGAGAAGGAAGAUGCAAGUACACAAGAUCCUAUGGAGGAUUGUCCUGUUGAAGGGCGUGAAGGACAGGGAGAGAAAAAGAACUGCCCUCAGAACCCCCCUCAUGUCGCCGCUAAUAAAGAGAAUGAGCUGGAGGUGGGUAGGAAAGAGCGGCAGCCCACACUUGCACCAAGAGAGUUCAGCCCCACCCAAGUAGGCUCACAAGCCCCAGUCCCCCAGGUUGGCUCCAGUAAAACCCCCUCCAAGACCAGCCCACUCACCAAGCAAGCUGCCGAGAUGCUCCACGAUAUCCAGGGUAUUAAACCUCCCUCCACCCCUCCUAAGAAGUCAGGUACGAGCUGUCCGGAAUUGCCUCUUCCGCGGACCCCUGGCCCUCUCCAGGAAGCAUCUUCAGACUGCCACAGGACCCCUGCACGUCAGAGACCGGGCAGAGAUGGUGAGGGCACCCCCAGGCGUGUGGUCCCCCCAGCCACCCCUGACCUUCCUUCCUGCAGUCCAGCCAGUGAGGCCGGCAGUGAAAACAGCAUCAACAUGGCGGCCCACACACUGAUGAUCUUAUCCCGAGCCGCUAUCGCCCGGACAGGCACCCCUCUAAAAGACAGUCUGCGCCAGGAAGGCGUUGGUGCAGUGACCCCUGUAGCAUCCAAGAGUAACAAACGCAAGCAGCCUGAGUCUUUGGACAGUCCGACAGCAAAGAAAGAUCACUCAGUUUCAUCAGGCAGUAAGAAGAAAGCAAAGAAACAGAAGAAACUAUUGGAUUCCUUCCCCGAUGACUUGGAUGUGGAUAAGUUCCUGUCAUCACUGCAUUAUGAUGAAUAAAGGGUUGGGUUAUAAGCAGUUGGACAAUGAGACAGGAAUCUCCUGAACACUACCUAACUAUUCUCCAGCAAUAGAACAAGCCAUCAGUUGCUGUCACGGUGCCUAUGGUUAAUCCAUCAUGCCUUGUAGUAAUAAGGCAUGCCUAGUGGAGCAUGUCCUCAGCUCUUAUUUUUUUUCUAUGUUGUGUCUAUGCUUGUAGGGAUAACACCCCUGGACGAAAUUACACAUGACAAUGUGAUGUAUAUACUGUAUAGAACAGUUGUGGUAAUGCUUGAUUAAGAGCAAAUUGGUUGAUUUAAAGAUUUGAAUGUGAGAAUGGUUUCCCAACCUUAUUGUAUUAAUAAUUUCAAGUCUUUAACCCUUUCCUUGGUCAAUGUUUGACUGUGUCUGAAGUGUUCCAGCUUUGUUUGUGUGUAAAAUAUGUUUCUGGAGAUGUUUUUUUUCUAGAUAUUUUAAAUUAAAUAUAACAAAAUCAUGAUGUUGUUGUAAAAGAAAAUCUCUGGAGGCAAAAACAAAUAGGUUUCAUUCCAAAGCAAGUUCUUGAUUUAAAAACCUUGUUUGUUGAAUUAAAUAUUUAUCCAAGGUAAUACUGCAAAAUGUUAUUACCCUAAUAGUCAGUGAUUACUGUACUAUAUUAGUAUCCAUUGCUACUAAUCUUAGUUUUUAACCAUAACCUGGUUUUACUUCAAAAUAAUUAGUUUGAGAGAAAUACAGAUACUGAAGUAUCAGUCUGGUGUGGCGCCCCACUAUUACUUCAGCCAUAAAACACUUAGGGGUGGGUUUGUGGAGACUGAUUUAACUUAGUCAUGCACUGAAAAAUGUAUCUAAAUGAAAAUUUCCAUUGAGCAAAUUCUAAGGCCUGGACUUAAUCUGUCUGAAAACCAUCCUUUAGAGACCUUCAAGGGAAUUUUAGCAGACAUUACAUAUUUACAGUAUCUCACAAAAUUGAGUACACCCCUCACAUUUUUAUGAAUAUUUGAUUAUAUCUGUUCAUGUGACAACACUGAACAAAUGACACUUUGCCACAAUGUAAAGUAGUGCGUGUACAGCUUGUCUAACUGUACAUUUGAAGUCCCCUGAAAAUAACACAACACACAGCCAUUAAUGUCUAAACCACUGGCAACAAAAGUGAAUA